AAAAAAUAGCUCUCUGGAAGGUCAGGGGAGGGGGGGGAGGGAGGAGGCUCUGCAGAAGGCGGCGGGGCUCCUCACAGACGGCCCCCCGGCCUUCGGGGAGAGCCCGCCCCCAUCUCGCUUCCCCCCCUGGGGCUGGCCGCCGCCGGAGAAGGCCUCUGCGCACAGCAGAGCGCCGGGCCGGGGCCAUCCUGGGCCAGGGGGCCCCUCCCAUCUCGCCCCCUUUCCCCCUCCUCCCCCUCGCCUCCUCGCCCUCCUCGCACGCCUCGCCCUCCCUCACGCGCUGCGCACAGACACCCCUGGCCCUGGCCGGGGCGGGGUGUUGGCGCCACGCCGGGGCUCAGGGAGGCCCUGGCCAGGCAGAGCGUUGGGGUGUGUCAGGGUGCCUUCUCCGUGGGCGGGGUUGUACGGCGAGCUGCCUCGCCUACGGCACCCGGGGACGAGGCCAUGAGGCAGGCUUAUCAGCUCGAGCUGGAACGCCAGGGCCUCCUUCGCGAGCAACUGGAGGCCAAGGGCUCAGUGGUGGAUGCGCCUGCGUGCUUGCCCGAUGAAGGCGGAGUCGAUUGGUUUCAGAUGUAUACGAGCAUUGCCGCCGCCAAUGCUGCCCUCGAAGAGCAGCUCGUCGCCUUGAGCGAUGGUGAGAAGGACUACGAGGACAUGCGUGACGUAGCUGCGAACACGCCCGUGAUUUUCAAGAUACAGUUGCCGCAGCAAGAGCUCGAGGAUUCAAUAGAGCUCGUGCGAUACUUCGGCAAAUGUGCAGCUUUCUAUUUGGUGCAGGCCAGUAUGCCACUCGGGCUGCAGCUGACCAAAAAGUACAGUGGUGAUCUCGCCGGCGCCUUCGUGGUAGAGAAAGUGAUCCCUGGGGGUUCUGCAGCGGCUUCUGGGAACAUCUUGCCUGGCGAUGUGCUGCAAGCGCUGACGAUUGCCACCGAAGGGUACGACACCACUGCCAGACUCUGCAGCAUGCCAGCUAGCCUUGUCCUUCUCCUCAUCUCUUUACCCACGUGUUAGAUGCACGCACCUUGAUUUUUGGGAAUUCUUUCCAAAGACUCUGCACGCGCUUUGAGUCUCCUGCGCAUCCUGCAGGGCUGAUCUCGAGUCAAUGUUGAAGCAGUGCUUGACCAAUUUGUUGUAGGCAUCUGCAGAACCGACGAUUUUUUUGAAGACAAGGCCGCGCCCUAGGAUACACAGACUCCGACGGAGGGCUCGCACCAGGCACUUGGACAGUCGCCGCCAUGGAGAUUCCCUGGCGGCGGCGGCCAGUCGCUGCGCCCACGGCCGUUGCCACAGCAGGGUAUGCAGAGCACACCGCGGCAGUUGGCGGCAUCCGAGGGCGAGCGCCAAAUCUCGGGGCAGCCGUGGACAGAGCCGAGCCGGCGGAAAUGCCCGGCAAGGGAACCGCUCAAGAUCAACGGCACCGUAACGGGUAUUUACUGUCGGGUACUUUGAAAUUAUCGCCCACAGGGUGAGACCCCGAGCCGACCACCACACGAAGCGCCCACGAGAGCGCCCACGGGCGUUCCUCUUUGCGCGUGCGUGUACACUACUUCCCCGCGCACGGCCGGGGCCGACGUCGCUCCUGCCCGUGCUGCCGCCUUGGCCUAGUGCUGUUGGCCGCUGGCCGACCCCUAUGGCUACACCGCGUCGCCGCGCGCCGUCGGACGCCGAAGAAGAGGACGCAGACAUGAUCGCGUCGUGAA